UUAAUAUCACUUCUAAUUUGCUGUUUUCCUGAAAUUUAAAUUUUGUAAGGAGAUGAAAAGUUGGUUUUUAAUAAAUCAUAGAUGGCAUGCUGUUGCUUCAUGGACAUGGGAUGCCCAAGAUGAGACUUGUGGCAUUUGUAGGAUGGCUUUUGAUGGUUGUUGCCCUGAUUGCAAACUCCCAGGGGAUGAUUGCCCUCUGAUCUGGGGUGCUUGCAACCAUGCCUUUCAUCUUCACUGCAUCUUGAAAUGGGUGAAUUCGCAAACUCCUCAAGCACAUUGUCCCAUGUGCCGUAGAGAGUGGCAAUUUAAAGGAUGAGAAAUCCACUUGUAUGAGUUGUUCUUCCCUUGGCUUUGUCCCACUCUCGAACCCUCUCCGUGUCAAAAGAAAAAGGGAUAACAAGUUAUGUUCUUUCUUUCGUUCUAAUAUAGAAAGUAUUGUGGUAAAGACAAUUGGUACGAGGUAUCCAACUCUGAAAUAUGUUUCUACUUUAUGCAAUUCAUUUAGCCAUUCUAUCAAACUAUUAGUGUGGGUGUUGUGGCUAAAUUGUCUUUGGGCCGCACCUGUAGUGUUGGGAAGUGUUUAUAAACAGUAACAUUUGUAAUCAAACAGAAUUGAGUGAUGGAAUGAAUAGUACUUGUAAAUCUUA